AUGCCUUCUGCUUACCCAGAAGGGACACCUGCGGGAAUGCGGGGAGAAGCGGUACGAGCGGCUUUGUGCAGCUCGCAGUGUGUGGCCUGGAAAUUACUCUCGUCAAAACAAGCAAAAGACCAGCAGCCAUUAUUAGAGUCGGGUAUCCUGAGAUUGCAAGGAAAAGGAGUCUUGGACUUUCUCAAUAACAAACUAUCAAGUUCCUUUACUCCCCUCAAAGAAAAUGCUUCGGCAAACAGUCUCCAGUUUCAAAAAUCAUGUCUGCUCAAUUCCAAGGGGAGACUCGUGGACAUCUUGGCCGUGGCGUACUCCAACACGGAAGCCUUUAUCAUGCCCUCUCCAGGACACUCUGCAGCCAGUUUGUUUCAAAAAUUGGACCCCUUCAUCUUUCCGUUGGAUCGAGUCAAGCUCACAGACUUGACGUCCGAAAACAAAUGCAUGUUUGUCUUGGCAUCCACACAACUGGAUCAUGUCCAAAAUGUCUUCCAGAAACAAAUCAUACCCAAACUACAGGAAUUGCUGCCUGCGACUGCGGAUUCCAUGUCGUCUUUUCACCUUCCAAACGAAAAGGAAUCCUUGAUGAUUCAUUUCACUGCAAGCGGUGCAGUGGAGACAUUGCCAACCUUGCUUAUUUUGCCAUACACUGGAUUGCCCGAUUGUGCCAUGGUGGGAUACACGUUCUUCUUCCUAAACCAUGAAAACAACGACAAUGACAAUGAUAUCGGCAACCAAAUCUGGGAAUACUUGAUCAGCGACGACAACCCAAAAGGACCCGUAGAAAUCAAAGCUUUGGAAUACCAAACCUUGCGAAUUGAAGCGGGACAACCUGCCUUUGGAUACGAAAUGACUGGAGCCGAAAAGGAACCACUAAUUACGUCUCCGUCGCCCCUGGAACUCCACGUGCAACAACAUCAACGGGAUAUCAUUGAUUUGGAAAAGGGGUGCUACUUGGGGCAAGAAGGAAUUGCUUCCAUUCUCAAAAAUCCAAGGGGGCCUCCUCGAAGUCUCUACGCAGUUGUUUUCCAAGAUGAAGAAAACGACCAAGAAGAUGGAAAUGGUAGUGACAACCUCAGUAGACCACCACGGAACGGGGAUAACCUUUUUGUCUUGGGUAGCAAUGAAGAAAUACCAGCUGGUACACUCACGUCGGUGGCUGAAUCACAAGGGACAGGAAACCUCUGCACUGUGGCAUUGGCAUUGAUUCGACGUCCCGACUCUGUUUUGAAACAAAUGAAAUCCAAAGACUUGCAGAUACCACGAGCUAUGGUCAACAAGAACAACCUUGAUGUGCCCGGUAGCAGUGGCAUGGUGGCUCCUCCUCCCAUGGAUUUGUUGGAUGGACUUGAGGUCAUUGUAGGAGGGACAUUUACCAUUGGAAUGCUUCGGAGCAUCCCGUCACGAAGACUUGCGGAGAGAAAGAAUAUGUUCACGGAUCGAGAUCAAGCCUUUUUGACAGGGGACAACAUUUUGGAGCAAGGAUAUGCAGAGAUGGAGUUUUCGGAUAUUUCUGCAAGUGAGUUUCUGCAGCAAAUGACAUCCACGUCUCUGGCCAACAAAAAGAUUCCUAAGGACAAACCAAAUGGCCCAGUUGCCACAACCGUGGAAGAAGCCAAAGACAAAACCACUGCCACUGAGGUGGAAGUGGAAGCUGAAGAAAAAAGGAAGGCAGAAAAAAUGCAGAUGCUCCAGAAACGGGCAGAAGAAGCCCUUGCCAGACGUAGACAUAAGAAGAAACAGGCAACAGAUGAAGCUGAUAGGGAAAAUGCUGGCAUGGUGGAUGCCAAGGAAGAGGAAGAGGAGGCAAGGAGGAAAGCCGAGAAAAUGAAGCUACUUCAACAACGGGCAGAAGAAGCCAUUGCCAGGCGGCGAAAGAAGAACUGA